UCCAAGUUUAGUCGCAAACUUUGGCGGAUGUUCAGAGCUCAGAAAGGACGAAGGAAAAAGGUUAGAAAACAUCAUCAUCAACUUCCUAAAUGAGGCGCAGUGGGACAGAGCACAACAACAAAGGUGAGAACCAAACAAGCCUGAAUCUGACACCUUUAUUCAUUAAAACUAAUUCAUUAGGGCCCCAUCGGUUAACGGACAUGCAUCCAAACGCAAGCUGGUGCACGUCUGCGCCUUCCCCGGCGUCACUGAUGAUGUCCGGACAGGAAAAAUCACCGUCCCAGAGAGACCAUUAGCGCAGCGUUAAUGACCGCCCGUCAGGAGCGUCCUCACUCUGAUUUAUUUCCACUUUAGGAAAAACAAGACAAAAAAAAAACAAACAAAAAAAAAACUCCCUGAUCGGACAGCAGGUGACAGGAGGAGUAAAGAAAGAAGCUAUUUAAAUCUGAAUCUUGCAGAUCUGUUCAUAAAGAAGAUGGCUGUUGUCUGGGCGACACAAAUGGUGCUCCAACGAUCCUGAACGACACAUUAUGAACCAGUGAGUAACCAUACAGCUGUAAUGUAUCAUAUUAUUAAAGAUAAUUACACUUUAAUGCAAUGACAAAAGUUUUAUAAGGAUACCAGCCAGAAAAAGUUGACAUUCCAGCUAUUUAAUUAGCCAUUACUGCAUUUUAGGUUUGCUUUCUUUGUGUUUUCAUGAGUUGUUUUAAUUUGGCCCAAUUUAUUUGAUUUGUUUUCCCCGUCAAGUCCUCCAAACCUUUCCGUUCUUCUGAGAAAGUCCUUCUGUUGGUUCCUCAAGUUGAGAAGUUAAGUUCAAGGCGAAUGAUGGAGAACCCAACAGCUCUUCUGUUGCUAAGCACCAUCUCGUCUCACAGAGAUCCACUGAACGUCUCAUUGUUUCCCGUUUCCCCGUCUCCAUCCCGUCCACUUGCCGAUGUUGCCGUUUCCCCCAAUGUGCCGUACAUGACGGCUGAGCUCAUCAUCGCCCUUUUGUCUACUCUGGGUAAUUUGCUGGUCUGCGCCGCAGUGGGUCUCAACCGCAAGUUACGCACCGUCACCAACUACUUCCUGGUGUCGCUCGCAGUCGCAGACAUCUGCGUGGGCGUGAUCGCCAUCCCCUGCGCCAUCCUGACGGACACCGGCUUACCGCGUUACAACCUCUACCUGUGCCUCCUCAUGCUCAGCGUUCUGAUCAUGUUCACGCAGAGCUCCAUCUUCAGCCUCCUGGCGGUGGCCGUGGAGCGCUACGUCGCCAUCUUCAUGCCCUUCCGCUACCGUGUCCUGAUGACGCCUCGCAACGCCGUCCUGGUGAUCCUCGCCACGUGGUUGCUGGCCUUCCUCAUCGGGCUGGUGCCUCUCAUGGGCUGGCACAAGACGCCGCCCGAUUCCGGCUACUGCUUCUUUGUGCUGGUGGUGGACAUGACCUACAUGGUCUAUUUCAACUUCUUCGCCUGCGUGCUGGCGCCCCUCGUCAUCAUGUUCCUCAUCUACGCUCAGAUCUUCGUCACGGUCAAGCAGCAAGUGCGACGGAUCGGGCCCGAGCAGCGGAGCCGCGCCGAGGGCCAGAGCCGAGCGGCGGCCAGCAUGCGGCGGGAGAUGAAGAUGGCCACGUCUCUCUUCCUGGUUCUUUUUCUCUUCACCGUCUGCUGGAUCCCGCUUCACAUCAUCAACUGCUUCCUGCUGCUCUGUCCGCGCUGCCCCGUGCCGUUCGAGCUGCUGCUCGCCGCCAUCAUCCUGUCGCACGCCAACUCUGCCGUCAACCCGUUCCUGUACGCGUACACCAUGACGGCUUUCAGAGACACCUUCAAGGCUAUUUUCUUGUGCUGCAGGAUGUUGGGAGACGGAGAGGAGUCGAACCAGCAGAACAGAGGAGAAGAAAGAAACACCAGGUCGAACCAGUGAUCCACAACAAACACUGAACCUGUAAAUAUUACUGUCCGUUCUUCCAAGCAGAAAUUCCAAAUAUUAAAGAACUUCCUCCUGGUCCGUACUGGGAGGAGAAAUCUGCGCUAAAGUUUAGAUCAGACCAAAAAAUAAAAAAAAUAAAUCAAACCUGACCCGCACCGAGUCCAUAAGCAUUGUGCCUGAUCCAACCUGACUAAUUUUAAUUAGAGGUGAAUUUUAAUUACGCAAUGAAGUAAACCUGACAUAAUAUUUUAAGAUUUCACAACUCUGUACAUACAGAACAUAACAUUCUCCAGCUCGUUCUAGAUAUGCUGUCGUCAUGUUAAACGCGCCACUUCGCACAAAGUUUGGGAUGUGCUUUUUUCACCAGACGCGCUCCACAGCAUCCUGUUCAUAACUCUCCAACGUGCCGCCGGCUCCCGGUCAGCUGCAUGUAGUUCAGUGUCCGUGUCAGGGAUGAUACUCAAAAGGGAUUUGUUUUUAUCUUUUCAGCGAUUUUAGUUACGUCCGCCAUGCACUCUGUGCGGACAGCUGAAAGCGUCCGUGCGUCUGAACCACGUAUAGUCAGGAGUGUGAAUUUGUAAUAUGUCAAAAUGACGGACAGGCUUCAGAUUUUUCAGUCGAUUUAAAAAAAAUAAAAUAAAAAUACCGGUCAAAUACGGAAUAUAUUCCGUUAACGCGACCCUUGCUUUUAAUGUAUUGCUAAUAUAGUAUGAAAAAAAAGGAUGCUGAAAUGAAAAAUCUGCAGAACUUGCCUAUUUUUCAUCUGAAUACCUGACAGAAAAUCAAUUACUAAAAUAAUCUACAGUUGCAGCUCUAUUCUCCAUAUUUAUUCUCCAGGCCUGGAAAGCACUCUGAUCUCCGGCUUACCCGGACUGUUUAGGAACCUGUUUGCU